AACGAUUACCUGAUAAAAAUAGAAAAUCGAGUCAACCCACGUACAAUAAUUCAUAAAUUCGCGUAGUCGAACUAAAAUUAAUUUAGGCGAAACUGGAAUAACAGUGAUGUAGGAGUAUUCGCAAGGUCAGCCAAAUAAACGUAAGAUUUCAUUACUCAUACAAUUUUGAUCAAUUUUCGGUCGCAAAAUGGCUGUACCAAGACCAAAAUCUCCGCGUCCAGUUCCUCCUCCUAUAAAAGAGGAAAAAGAGGAUACAAUAUGGAACAAAAUGGCUACAAUCGGUACAUUGGGCAGAAAAAAACGUAGCAAAGAAGUGCAGGAAGUUCAAGAGGAAGGAAAAUACGCCAUCGAUUCUCCCGGAUCUCCUGUUACGGAUUUACCUCCCGAAGAUUACGAAUUGGGAGAGAAUGAGGAAAGAUCGAUGAUCGAACCUCACUCGUACGACGACCCUAAACUCAAAGAGCUUAUUGCCGUACUGAUUGAUUGGAUCAACGACGAGUUGGCCGAUCAUAGAAUUAUCGUAAAAACUCUCGACGAAGAUUUAUAUGAUGGACAAAUUCUGCAAAAAUUAUUCGAAAAAUUAACUUCCGAGAAAUUAGAUGUACCGGAAGUCACUCAAUCUCAAGAAGGUCAAAAGCAGAAACUCCGCAUUGUACUGAGUGCAGUUAACAGACUAUUGGGCUAUAGUCAUUUCAAUCAGCCGAAAUGGGAUGUGGAGAGUAUUCAUUCGAAAAACGUGGUAUCAAUUCUUCAUCUUUUGGUUGCCUUGGCACGUCAUUUCCGUGCUCCUGUCCGUCUUCCUGAAAACGUAUCGGUGUAUGUUGUUGUAGUUCAGAAACGAGAAGGAGCAUUGAAUCAUCGUACAGUUGUGGAAGAAAUUACAUCGCAUUACGAAGACGUUGGAAUGCGUUGCGAACGAGAUGCCUUCGAUACUUUAUUCGAUCACGCUCCCGAUAAGCUGCAAGUUGUGAAAAAAUCUUUAAUUACAUUCGUAAACAGAUAUUUGAACAAAAUCAACUACGAAGUCGUUGAUUUAGAUACGCAGUUUCACGACGGCGUUAACCUUGUCCUACUUAUGGGUUUAUUAGAAGGAUUCUUCGUGCCAUUAUACUCGUUCCAUAUACAUCCUCAAGAUUUCGAUCAAAAAGUACACAACGUGUCGUUCGCUUUCGAACUAAUGCAAGACGUUGGUCUGGAUAAACCGAAAGCUCGUCCCGAAGAUAUAGUGAAUUUGGAUUUGAAGUCGACGCUACGAGUACUAUAUAAUUUAUUCACAAAAUACAAAAAUAUGGGGUAGAAAAUACAAGAAACGUACGCAGCGCAGUAUUUAAGUAACACGAAAAUUCGUCGCCGAAUUAAACUUCACCUACCUAGUACUCGUAAAUUUCCGAUUGCGUCGAGCACGCGAAUUCUAUUCUAAUGAUCCGAAGUCGGUUUAAUUUUGUUAUUACACACAAUUAUUUCCAACUUGCCUCUAUCAUUUGUUACCUUUUUCUAAAUGAUAAUGACGAUUCUCUAUUUCAUUUUAUCAUUUUGAAAACGCGAGUGAGGGGUUUGUACUUCUUGAAAUUUUAAACCGAGUCAUCAUUAAGUACUGCGAAUUGCGAUGUAUCUAAUCGAAAUACACUUAAUAGCGAAAUACAACAUUAAAAUACGCCUUACGAUAACAUUAGAAAAAAAACAACGGAUGUACCUAAUACGUAUGUUUUGUACUCGACUCACCAAAUGUUAUUUAAUUAUUUAACAAUUUUUUAUUUAACGUAGAUUACUUUUUUUAACUUUCACGUUUUAUAAUAUGGUUAGAUGUACCUAUCUUAUUACUGUUUCUGAGAAAUAAACAUUUUUAAUAUUUUGUUA